GUAAAUCAGGCCACUUAUAUAAAGAUGCAACCUAUGCUAAACAAUCAUGGCUACAUACAGUAUACUACUGUUGAAACUUGGUUUGUGCAAAUCUUGUUUAGAGGUUGAAGACCAGGCCCAGUGCACCAGGCAAAGGGCAAUUAGCAGAGAAGUGAUUUUAUCUAAAACAGCAAAUGGUUUAGAAGAAUAUAAUGUUCCAGAUAGUAUUUUUCUUCCAACUGGAGUGGAUCUGCGCCAGGUUACUGUUCUGCCAAAGGCAGAAUGGGUAAGGAUUCGAGACAGUGUUGACAGUGCAGCUAGAGAAGCAGCACGGAUUCAUGCAGAGAGGAAAGAACGGAAAGAUAUGCACUUACGUUCCAAAGCAGUUGUGAAAAACUGGCCCAACACCAUUGCAGGCCAGGCACAGAGGAAACUUAAAGCUAAAAAAUUGCGAGAAGAAAAGGAGGAAGAAGAAAGAAAACUACUUGAUCUGGAGGAAGCACAGUUUCAAGCAGCAAAGCGGAAGGAGGCCAUAGAACAGGCCAAAACUUAUCAAUAUUAUCAGAAUGAGAGAGUGAAAGGGUUACAUAAAGCACUUUUACUUACUGAGGUCCUAAAGGAAAGAGAUGCUCAGAUUGAAUUUAAAAAGACAAAGCCAGAUAUUUACAAAAAAAAGGAAGAAGAAAUGGAACGUGAGCGCGAAAAAGCUAUUCUUAAAGAACAGGAAAAGGCAUAUGAACGCUAUAUGAAUCGACAGGCACUUUGCAGAGACCAUCUGGAACAAAUAAAGGAACAUAAGCACCAGGCAGAAUUAGACAAAUUAAAGGCAAAAAAAGAAGGCGAAGAGAUUCAACGACUGACCAAGUUAUAUGAAUUGGAAGUGCAGAGAGAAAAUGAAAAGAAACUGGAGGAAAAACUUGAACAUAGGAAGAUGCAUUGUGCACAUGUUGCUGACCAGGAUAUUCUUAAAGCUGUAGAGGAACAAAAACAAGAAGAGGAGAAUGAUAAAAUUCGAGCUCACUUUAGAGCAAAACAAAAUAUGGCCAAACUGAGAAGAGAAAAAGAAGCUGAAAUGAACAGGUUAAUGCAGGAGCGUAGGGAUAUUACUAUUAACCGUCUAGCUGAACAAAUGAAACAGACAUUUGAGAGGAUAGAUGAACGUGUUGCUAGAGAUGUUGCAGAGAGAGAAGCUGAGUGGGAAAAAGAGCUCAAAGAGAAAGAAGAAAAAAACAAAGCUGAAUUGAAAUCAAUUGCAGAACACAGAGCCACCGUGAUAAAAAUGAAAGAAGAGAGAGAAAGAGAGGCGAGAUUAGAGGGUAAAGAAAAGCUUCAUGAACUAAUGGAAGCAGACCGCAUCUAUCUGGAAAUGGAGAAAGACAAGAAACGAAGAAAUCGCAAUGAAAACAUAAAAAUGCAAGAGACUCAAAUCCAGCAAAUGGUUGAAAAACGGGCAAAAGAACAGCAUGAGAAACAAGCAGAAUUGAACUAUGAGGCCCAGAAAGAAGUUAUUGCAAUUUGCAAGGAGCAGGAAUUUCAAGAAUAUGCAAAUCAAGUAAUUGCUUCAGAAUCCAAGACAGCCCGAAAUAUUUAUCCUCUUCUCAAAGCAGCAAAGGAAGGGGCAGGUGGUGGGCAUGGACCAGUUUACAGAGAAAGAGGAGGAAUAAGACCUAGUUACCAAGCACGAGAUAUCAAUGGCACUCAGCUACCUUCUUAUAAUUGUAACACUACUGAAGAAAUAAAAGAGCUAAAUACCAAUGGUAACAUCCAGCAAACUAAGGGAAGACUUGGUUUUACAUGGUAAAAAUAACUCUUUGGAGUCUUUACAAAAACAAGUCCAAUAAAUCGGUAAAUGAUCCAUGUUGUAUGAAACCCAUGAAAGGAACUAGAAAAGCCAUAAGUACUAUAUGGAACGUUGAUAGGGAUCCAAGUGUAUUUUCCUAAACAUUGAAAGUUGUAUUUUACCAAAGUCACUAUGUUAAAUCAAAUACAGAGGCAGAACUGAAUGAUGUACUGAAUGAUGUACUGAUAACCAGUGUAGAACCUUACUUUAUAUAAGGCUCAUAUUAAAAAAAUAGAAUAUUUUAGUUUCAAUUUUGUAAGUUUCAAGUUCAGUCUUUUACAGCUACUCUUGAGUACACUGUAAAGUGCUGCAUUUGGCUUCUUGCAUUGUUAUAAUCAGAGUGCUAAGGAAAAAAAUUAUCCUCAAAAGAUGCCAAAUACUUUUCAAAAGUGUACGAAAUACAUGAGAAUCAAAUACUAAAUAACAGAUAUGAAAAAAACAUUUAGUAUUGCUAAAAGUACUUUGAUACAAAUUUCACAUUCCACAUGAAAUAUUUCUUCAGAUUCCACUCUUUACUGAAUUUAAUCAAUCAGCAUCCAGAGCACUAGUUCAUUAUCAGUAUAUAAUUUCUUUUCUUUUCUCUUAAAAUCUGAAUCAACUCUUGCAACAAACUAAUAACUACCCUGCUGCUGUUACACAACUUAACUAUCGUAGGCCCAGCUUUCAUUAACAUAGUUUUACUAAAAGAACGAGGAGUCCUUGUGGCACCUUCGAGACGAACAAAUUUAUUUGGGCAUAAGCUUUCGUGGGCUAGAACCCACUUCAUCACUAAAUUAUUUCAUUACUAAGUUAUUCUGAGUACAAAAAAUACAUGCAAAACAGUUACAGCAAAGCGAACAUGUUGCACACACUCAGCUUAUAUGCCAUUUUCAAGGUUCUGUGUAAAAAUAUAUUAUCAGCUUAUUAUAUAGAAAACUAAGAGGUCACGAUCAUGGUGUGUAAGUACACCUACAUGUGAAGAAGAGGGCUCUUUGAUCUAGCACACAACAAGAGGCAUAAACAAGGUCCAGUAACUGGCAGUUGAAAUUAAAUAAACAAACUGGAAAUAAGGUGUAAAUCUUUAACACUGGAACAAUUUAUCAAGGUAUAUAGUGGAUUCUCCAUCACUUGAAGUCUUUAAUUUAAGAAUGGAUACCUUUUUAGAAGAUAUGCCAUAAUUCAAGCAGCAGUUACAAGCUUGCUACAGGAAUUACUGUGGCACUAAAUGGUCUGUAUGCUUUUAUGCAGUAGGUCAGAUUAGAUGCUCCUAAUGAUUCUUUCUGGCCUUGCAGUCUGUGAAAAAGGGUUAGAUGCUUACAGACCAAUCACUGCAAGGUUCCCUACAAACAUGCUGUCUGGUACAACAUUUUAUUUUAAAAAAUCUGAAUCAUACAUUUAUAUAAAUUCUAUUCUACUAUGUUUAAUGUGUCAAUAUUGGAAAUUUGAUUGCAAACAUGUAAUGCUUAAUGUAGAUGACUAUAGAUAUAUACACAGCUUGCAAUAUAAGGCCCUGAUCCAGCAAAACACUUCAAUACAUGCUUAGUAACUCAGAACAUGAACACAAUAGUUCUGAUGACUUAAAUGGAAAUAUUCACUGUUUAAAGGUCAGCAUAUGCGUAAGUGCUUUGAUCGAUUGGGAAAAAUGUAAUUUGCCUGUAUUUCUAGUGCAGCAGGAGCCAUAUUGUGGUAAUAUAUCCUUGUAUUUGUUUUUGCACAAGUUUAAGUGUUAUCAGCAGGAGAGUAUGUGCUGCAGUGUAAAUUCCACCCUUUGAUCAACUGCUGCUGCAAAGAGAGCACAGACGCAAAAGACAGCAAAGAAUAUUGUUUGGAGCUAUCUAACAAAAAUCCUGCCAUUUAAAAAAGAACAUUCUCUACAUGUAAAUGUGUAUUUUUAAUACACACAUUCUGAAUCACGUUAUAUCCCUGUUGUAACUAUAACACAGAAGCAAGGUCCAAACAACUUGAAAGUAGAGCUUUUUAACUUGUAAUUUCUUUGCUUUGGUUGAGUUGGUUCUUUAACUUUUAUAAUGUAGGCACUGUUUAUAUCUAAUCUUCCAUUCCAAACCUAUUUCUUCUCCAUCCUGCUAAUUUUUGCUUGGAACAACUGAUUUGUUUGCAAAUUGUGAUGCUUAAAAUAGGGAUAUAGAGAAUUUUUCUGAAAAACUGGAAUGUGUCAGAUUCAAAAUUUCUUUUACCACUUCAUUAAAUCAUUAGUUGGGGCUUAUUAUC